AUGCAAGUUGAUAAGUUGACGAUAAUCAAUCCAGUAUGUAAUUUUGAUAAUUUCAUUCAAGAUAACGCCCGUCCACACGUUGCAAAGAUUGUUCAGGAAAAACUCGAAGAGUUGGGCUGGGAAACUCUCCCGCAUCCGCCAUAUUCUCCGGAUAUUUCGCCUUCGGAUUACCAUUUAUUUCGCUCAAUGCGAAACCAUUUGGCCGGAAACAAGUUCAAAGAUGUUCAAGAGGUCGAAAAAUGGAUAGCCGACUUCUUUGCCUCAAAACAAGCCAAUUUUUACGCGGGGGGAAUUCAUUCUUUGCAUGGAAGAUGGAAACAAAUAUUGUUAACAAAUGGUGAAUAUAUUGUUGAU